AUUCGUAUCUGAUUGAAACCCUCUUAAACAAGGAAUAAAAUUAAUAUUAGUGUUUCGGUUAUAGAUUAUUUUUUUUAUAUUAUGUUUUUCAUAUGACUCUGAUUGGCCGAAUCGAACCAAAAAUUUUCAAUUUUUCCUUCGAGCAAUAAUAACAUCAAGCUAGUUCUUCGAUCUUUGUAAUCUUUUUCUCGAUCACUUGAUAUAGCCGCGAAAGAAAAUAAUCGCUCGUAAGAAAUUCCUUGCGUUACGAAUAGAGAGGAUCUUCGGUGCUUUCCAAAGAAUACAACACGUAUUUUUACACAAGGGACAAAGGGUGUCGAGCUACACGAGCCCGUGAUGAGACCCGGUUUCAUUUUACGACUAUGGAAUAGUUAUUUUUACACGACAAUUCGCGCGUAAAGAUACGUACGCCUUUGUGGACGAUUCGUUAGACCUCCCGCGCCAGUUUUAAACUUGCACUAAUUGCUUUCGGAAUGUAGGUAAACGCUUACCUUUCGAUAAGCGUCGGAUCCCAUAGUUAAUAUUAAAAUUAUUCAAAGAGGAUAAUAAUUAAUGUCGAAUCCAAGGGGAAAUAGUUGAACCGUUAAUUUUAUUUAAAUUAUCGAUUAGAAACGAGCAAUUUAUCGAUAGGGACGAUAACAAAUAAUUUAAUUUUGCGAAUCGAAGCCCAUUCGAGAACGUACAAAGCGUACCGUGAUUGUGGUUGAUAUACACAAUUCGUACAACAAGUGUCCAGAUGUUGGCUGGCGUACACGCUCGUCCCACCUACGGGAGUUUUACGCACAGCUUGUAUACAAGGUGAUCCGUUAGAAACAAGUCACCCUAAUAUCUCAGUUACUUUAAAACAAUACGUAUUUCCAACGACAACUGUACGCCAUUACGGGUGAACAAAACACGUAUCUCACAGCGACAAUAGUUUCAUUGCGGACAGGGGUGCGUAAAGGGGGCUCGACAGACAGCUUUGUUUUCUUUAAUGAAACGAAGGUGUCCUAUUUCUAGCGGACCGCUCUGUAUAGAUGGUUUCGGUGGAACUGAUCCGUGGGCCUAUCGCCAAAGAGGAUUUCCCUUCUGAAAUUCGGUUCGCCGACUGACGAUCUAUUUUCUUGCAUGUAACGCGAGGCGUCCCGGUAUUUAUGCCGUUGAUGUUUAACACCGCGAACCAUAGCCCGAGUAAACGUGUAUUUCGUACGCGCGUGAACCUGUACGAUUCUCGAUGCGUACAGAAAUAGAAAUAGAAAUAGAAACACGGUUACAAUACGCACGAGGAGACAAAUUGUUUCGUUACGUUCGAUCACUUUUAUUUCUGUUCGUUAAUUGUUUAAUUUUUCCAUUCCCGUCCGGACGCGCGAACACGAACGAUUCUUCGAUCCUUUAGAUCGUCGGCGAUCAGAAUGGCUCUGGUGAUGCUGCCCUGCGAUCUGCCAUGGUGGCCAGCCGUGGUGAAGCAACUGGAUCGCGCGGCCGAUGCCAGAAAUUCCGAGGAUCUCUUGGAAGCGAUGCAACGACUGCACGACAUGUGCAAAUACGAGGAACAGUGCAUACUGAAAAGUAUAAGCCUCGAUCCCGAAGAGGAUGUGCAAGACCCUGAAUUGUUCUCCGGAUUGGCGACCUUCCUGGACGACGAUCUAGAGGCCGCUGAACGUGAACAGAUCCUCGCGAAGACGAUACCAAGAAUGGUGGAGAGAGCAAAGGCCUUGAGGUGUUGCAAACCACCGCAAGGCUUGCACUUCAGCCUCCAACAGCAAGGUGACUGCGUCGAAUACAGCUACGCCUUCGCUUCGUCUUUGAUCGCGAACGCGUUCUUCUCCACGUAUCCAAAGAGAACCGCGAAAACUCAUCCGACCUUGCGUGACUUCAAUUUCACGAAUUUCUUCAAGCAUCUACGCAACAACGGACAGAAAGCGAAACUGAAGAGCAUAUUUCACUACUACGACUACCUUGAGACAGAGAGCGCGCUGGACGGGAAACUGGUCAUCUCUAGACAGGUGAUGACGUCGAAACAAUGGCUGACCAUCGAGGACUGGCUGGAGAGCAACGUUCCCUUGUGCCCGUUGAUGAUACGUCACGAGGGUCGUCUGGAGCGAAUGGAGCCCGAAACAAAAGUAUUGCGCGUUUGCUUCGCGAGCGCGAAGUUUGGCGGCGGCGUACUUGACGGUGAUGUUACGCAAGAAACUGUACAUAUAGCAACGCAUCCCGAAAUGCUCGCGGCGAUACUGUCGGUCGAGUCGCUGGAGGACAACGAAGUUUUGAUUGUAGAGGGCGUCAGGCACGUGUCUAGAAUAAACGAUCCUCGCAAUAGGGCCACGUUCGAAGGUUUACCGAAGCCAAACGUAGUGACAGUGUGCUGCAUCGAUCCCGAGGAUUACUCGAGGCUGCCCCUGUCGCAAUUCGAGGAGGACAAUAUACUUCGAGAGAUGAACAAAUCUCUGCUUGGAUUUCGACAGAGACGCGUACCGAGUAGUCCGACCGAUCCCGUAAGAUCGGAACUAGAUCCGGACGGGGCACUAAGUUCUCGAAGAUUGUCGCCGAUCGGGGAGAGCUUCAGCAGCACUCCCCCGGAAACGGAAGGCGACGACAAAGCGUUGUCGACGAACAAUGGCGCGAAAGAUGCGAAAUCCGCGCCGAACGAGCAAAGCAAGUACGAUAUCUUGACGGAAGUUCGUACCAGACCGAACGGGAAGUCCAUAAGACCGCCGAGCCCCCACAAGAUGUGCAAGGACGCGAGUUGCACCAACAGAAGAAGUCGGUUUAUCGUUCUUGGGUCCAGCGGCGAGGUUCUACCGGUCACGCGGAAAUCGCUGGGUCAGAUGUCGGUGUACAGUAGCUGUAAUAGUCAGAGCACGGACAGCUUUCAUAGCGCGAAGGAUAUCGUGGACGAAGAUCUUGAGGAGGAGGAACAGAAGUUUAGUAGGCGGUACAGUGGUCAGUUGGACACCCCGGAGCGAAGAGGAACGUUUGCUCAACGGUUGAGGGACGCUUUGAAGCGAGAGAGCACGGCUACCGGUGCUACUUCGUCGAACACGUCGUCCGGCGAGAGUAGCUACGCGGUGGGGAUAAGCGUGUCCGGAAGUCACGUUUACGACCAAGACAUCAAGGUAAAAAGGGGGGGUUCGAGGGGUUUCGUUUUACGGGACGAAACCGUGGACGAAGAGUUUUUGAAGGAAUCGUUGGAAGCCGAGCAAAAAUGGCUGGGUAGAUUUCGACAGAAUCAAUCCACGCUUCAAAGAAGGGACACGAGCGCUAGCAGUAGAUACAGUUUCAGCACCGAGUACAAUUCCGAUUUUUGUUCGGAGCUCGAGGAGGUUUACGAGCAACUGGCAAAAUGGUUGGAAGACCCGAUAGCGGCGGACGAAUCCCGCGAGUUGGACGCGAGAGACAGGGCGGUAGUGCGAUUCGCGGGCUCGUUGUUAAAGAGGGCGCUCAGCGAAUCGUUCGCCGGCGUUCCGGUUCAAGAGGGCGAACCGCAGCCCCUCAUUGAUUCCGUCGACGUGAAUCAAAGGCACAAGUUAGCUCUGGCCGUGAGAAGUUUGAGUUUGGAGCUGGCCCGUCAAAAAAAUCGAAGACAGCAAUCAGUCUCUGAGUCUGAAGACGUAGAGUAUUACGAAGAUGCUUUAAGUAAUCAUACGAUAUCGAAAGAGGUUAAGGAUAUCCAACGUAGAAAACUUAGGACGGUAACAUUUACAUCCGAAGUUUUUCAAACAUUGGUCGAUGACGAAACUACCGUGUAUCUAUCUAAUCCUGUUUCUUUAAGCACACCUGGAACUGUUAUGGAGAACCUUGUGCAAGAAUUCGAAUCGCAUGUUACACUUAACAUACCGAGAGACAGUAGUCCUCAGUCAGGUGGAUUAUUAGCCGUUGCUACUGGUAAUUGGGGAUGUGGAUCCCGAUUAAGAGGGGAUCCUCAGUUGAAACUCGUUAUUCAGUGGCUUGCCGCUUCUUUAGCGGGUGUACCAAAGCUAGUGUAUUAUACAGCAGGAAAUCCCAACUUGUCCAAGUUAGACACUGUGAGUAGAGUCCUAAUGGACAGACAUUGGACGGUCGGUGAUUUAGCAGCGGCAACGCUAAGAUUUGCCUUGCAAACUAUCGAGGAGAGAAUAGAGGGAAGAAAUAGUUUGUUCGAGGAGAUAAUUGGUAUGGACAAACCAAGUCCUUAGCCCGACUCGAUGCUGUCUGUUUUGG